GUCGGGGCUUGCGCCGUGCACGGAUGAAUUGCUCCGCAAUCCAGGCAUGCGAGCCCCCAUACAGGCCGCAUUUUGCGCUUCCUUCGCGCUGCACGACAACUCACGCUCUCGCUGCCUGACUUCUUCGCUGAAUUCACGCAAUCCCAGUCAACGAUCUACUCAUUGGAUCUCCUGCACGACAUAUACCCCGCUGUCACGCCGCUUCUCCACACGCGCGUCUCCCAAAGUUCCUGCAGCCAUGGUGUCGCCUAAGAGCAUUGCCUACUAUGUCUUCCACCCGAACGAGUUGCGCUCGAUCAUCCAGUGGAAAGUCUGGCACAACCCCGUCCACGAGCGCGAUGAGACGAAAGACUCGGAGAACCUCAAACGAUGCUUCCACUUCCUCGACCUGACGAGUCGCAGUUUUGCGGCCGUCAUCAAGGAGCUGCACCCCGAGCUGCUAGUUCCCGUGACCCUGUUCUACCUCAUCCUCCGUGGUCUCGACACCGUUGAGGACGACAUGACGAUCCCCCUCGAGAAGAAGGAGCCAAUUCUGCGAAACUUCCAGGAUAUCCUGGAGCAGGAUGGGUGGACAUUCACUGAAAACGGGCCGAACGAGAAAGACAGGCAGCUGUUGGUCGAGUUCAAUGUGGUCAUUGAGGAGUUCAAGAACAUCAAGCCGGCGUACAGGGAAAUCAUCAAGGAUAUCACCAAGCGCAUGGGUAACGGUAUGGCCGACUAUGCCAACAACGCGGAGCACAAUCUCGUCGGUGUGAACACAAUAAAGGACUACGAGCUGUACUGCCACUACGUCGCAGGUCUUGUCGGUGAAGGCUUGACGCGCCUCUUUGUCGAGGCUGGUCUUGCCAACGCCGCGCUCCUGAAGAAGCCGGAGCUUAUGGAGUCUAUGGGUCAGUUCCUCCAGCAGGUCAACAUCACGCGCGAUAUUAAGGAAGAUCUGGACGACAAGCGACGAUUCUGGCCCAAGGAGAUUUGGUCCAAGCACGUCAACGAGUUCGAGGACCUCUUCAAGCCCGAGAACAAGCAAAAGGCCCUGGACUGCAGCUCGGAGAUGAUCUACACGGCUCUGACGCGCGCGGACGACUGCCUGUACUACCUUGCAGGUCUUAGGGAGCAGAGUGUGUUCAACUUCUGCGCUAUCCCGCAGACCAUGGCUAUCGCAACGCUGAAUGCCUGCUUCCAGAAUUACGACGUUUUCCAGAAGGUCGUGAAGAUCUCCAAGGGAGAAGCCUGUCAGUUGAUGGUUGAGUCGUCGCAGAAUCUCCAGCUUGUAUGCGAAGUCUUCAAGCGGUAUGGCCACAAGAUUGCCAAGAAGAACAACCCUCACGAUCCCAACUUCCUGAAGAUUAGCAUGACAAUUGGACGGAUAGAACAGUUUAUCGAGUCCAUCUUCCCAUCCCAGAAGCCGCCGAUUGACCAGAAGUCGCCUGCGAGCGUCGAGGAGGCCGCGAAGGCCAAGAAGCAGGCGAACGAGGACAAAUGGGACCUUAUCUACAUGACUGCUGCAGUCGUUAUUACUGUGAUGAUCAUCGCAUCCUCCAUGAUCUUCGUUGCCUGGCUAGCUGGAGCUCGUUUCGAUAUUGCGUACGUCGAGAUCAAGCAACAACUCGGACAGCUGCUGGGUUGGGCAGAGCCCAAGGCAGUCGAAGCAGUCAAGGUUGUGACCGAGAAGAGCGAGCUAUGAGCCACAGCGAAACCGUAAUCUUCAAGCCCAUAUGUGUAUUAUAAUGGCAGCGACAUACUUUUUCGUAGACGCAGGAAUGUAGUCCAACCUAAUGCAUUUUGAACGAUCAAAA